UAAAGGCUAUAGAUACAACUAUGCACUGAACUGUGGUUACCAUAACCUAUAUAUAUGAAACAGCAGAAGCAUUUCAGCUGGCUUUUAAGAGAUCAUUUUACAUAUUUAUUAUACAGCUUUAUAAUAUCUGCAAAUAUAUAUGCAGUACACAUUGAAAAAUAAACAAAUAGCAUCUUACACUAACACUUUCCACAUAGGUGUGUCCACAGGCACACCUAUGUAGUAAGUGUCCUGUACUUGAUUCUGGAAAGACACAUGAUUUAGACAUUAUACUUCACAUGAUCAGCUAAAAAAAACCAGAACAAAUUAAAAAAUGAAAUAACAUCAUAAAGAGGCAACACAGCAAUGCACCCUGCUUCCUUGUUCUGGCAGUAAAGGGAUUGCUCAGGCUAUAUAUAGUGUAUUUUGAGUCAAUCUUUAAUUGAGUACACUACUUAUGGUGCAUUGUCUUUGUACUUAGAAGUUGGAUUUUCUGAGUUCCCAGACAGAAAAACAACAAGAAGGCACCCUGAAGUUGGAAUAUCAACUGUUUUCAGUAUUUAUUAUGGGGGCAUAAAAAACAUUGUAAUAGUAAAUAAAACGUAGUGAAAGUUCUUCGUAUAAACUAUUCUUUAGCAAGUCUGACUGUUUUUUUCUCAUUAAACCCGAGGCACACAUAGCACUACACACUGUGUUUGAGAAAAUAUCCCUUGAGUAUUUGAACGCACACACAAUACAUUGCUGUUGGCUUGUAUCGCUACUGGUAGUUGGCACGAAAACAAAAAGCUAAUUUGGUGUCAACCAAAUGCUUAACUGGCCUCUGACCCCUGAGACAAAUCAAACACACUAUUAGCUAAAAUUUCGCUAAGCUGUUGCAAGUUUUGGGCUGCAUUUUCUUUUGUGGGAACAUAAAAAUUCUCAAACUAGUAAAAUUUGGUAAGGAUGGUGUAAUGCAGGGUAAAAAAAAUCCACUUUAUUUGUCCUCUAUUUCAGCCCUCAAACAGUUAAAGCAGAGUUGUACCUUAGGUGAUGUCAGAUGGAAAAUUAAAGGAACUGCUUGUCUAAAGAAAAAUUAUCUAUAUUUAGUAAAUAUUUAACAUGAUUCUAUCUCGAGAUUACUUUAUAGCCAGACUUUUACUUUAGUUGAAAGAUACAACAUAGCUCUUAGCUGUAGUUUCUAUUGGCAUUGUUUCAAUUGUAUGACUCGUUUUCAUUCAGGGCCAUGAAGAACCCUUCGUUCAUCAUCAUUUUUUUCUUCUCAUUUUGGGGCUUUUCAUUUCCUCCUUACAUUGGUGUUUGCAGCCUUCUCACAGGAAGUAGAGGUCAACCCUGCCCCUGCCGCUCAUCUCUGUUUUGUUCUCCUGCAGAGUCUGAUCUAUUUUUCACUCACUUGCAGCUGGGUGCCACCAUGAGCCUACGGAAACUAAGUUUCAAAUGGUUUGGCAGCCUAACCAACAUCUCUUUUCGCCGCUCCACGGAGAAAUCGGACUCAAAGGCCUCCAAGUCUGGAGAUGAUGAUGAAUGUGCUGCCUCAGCAAAGUUGAGUCCAGAUCUUCAGACAACGCUGGACGAUCUGGGGGCAAUGCGUCCUCGCACCACCAGCUACAUCCGCUCCAGUGAGGACUACACACACGUUGGCACGCUGCCUCGGCUCCUGAUGAGGAAGAGGGACAAAAGCAGCAAAGGAAUCCAUAGCAACAAAAAGACUAAAAAGAAGAGUGAAAACCAGAGACCUGCAGGAGAAAAGAACGAAGUAUUACAGACAACCACAGGUUCCAAGUCCAAGACAUCUGAGGGUAAAGCAGAAGUCAUAGCUGACACUGGGUUGAAAGAAGUCUCUUCAGCUGAGGGUCAGGAAAAGAUCCUGGAUGUUUCUUCAGCUAAUUUCAAGACACAAUCUGAACCUGUAGAAGAUGCCACAAUUAACCAAAACAUGCUUUCUGGACCCACUGCUUCCAGUAAAGAAGUGCUGCCAUCUGGUGGUUCAGAUGUAGCACUUCAGUCGGAGGAGAGGAAAGCCUUGAACCCUAAAGAGACUUUUGUUAGCCAAGAGAGGCAAGAAACCAUUGAAAGUGAUGGGUUAGAGCUAAAGGAGGAAGAAGAGAAUUCAGAGACAGAUGAGGAAAAAGCAAUUUACUGUCACAUGAAGCCGGCAAACACCCUGACAGAACAAGUUCAGUUCUCAAAGGAGAAAUACCUUUUGGAGUCUCCUCCUGAAAAACUUCGUAAAGAACUGGAAGAAGAGUUGAAACUGAGCUCUGCUGACAUCAGGAGCCAUGGCUGGUACCAUGGACACAUACCCAGAGAGGUGUCUGAGUCUCUGGUUUUGCGAAACGGGGAUUUCCUUGUGCGGGACUCCCUGACCAAUGUUGGUGAUUAUGUUUUGACCUGUCGAUGGGACAAUGAGGUGCUCCACUUCAAGAUCAGCAAAGUUCUGGUGAAAUCUAAUGAGACUAAGGUGCAGUAUAUGCUGGAGUUGGACAGUUUCGACUCUGUUCAGGAGCUUGUGCGAUAUUACGUGGGGCAACGCAAAGCAAUCUCCCAGUCCAGUGGCGCCCACAUCUACUGUCCCGUCAGCAGGACUUUACCUCUGCGCUACCUGGAGGCAACCUUUGCCCUCUCCAACAGCAAGCAAGGCUCCUACUCCCCGUCCAGUCAGAGGGGGGCGUACAUCAAGCGACGGAGCGUCACCAUGACAGACGGGCUGACAACAGAAAAGAUGAUGGCUCACAGUGACUCAGACAGCCCCAGUCCAGUUGAGACACCAGUGGCACCGCCAGAACCAGAGCUGGAGCAUAUGUCCAACUGCAGCCCGUCAACGAUCCACUACCACAAGGACGCGAUGCGGAACUGUGCCAUGAGCAUGGACCAGAUCCAGGAGUACCGCUGCCCCUUGUCGCCAAUUGGCGAAACUCCGCUGUCUCCAGCAUAUAGUGCUGUCACCAGGCAGAGAGCCCACUCAGGCACACGGGUCCUGGCUGUCGUCCCUCCCUCUCCCGUGAUGCGCCGUUCCAGCGACCCUCAGCUCAGCCCCUCGGAUGGCAGCGCUCCCACAGAAUAUCCCACACAAACUUCUCAUUCGGCAAACUCCUCACCUGCUCAUCAUUUUGCCUACAAAUCGCACUCCUCUGAGAUGGCAGAAAGUUACUGUGACCUCAGACCCUGCCCCUCCGGGCCGCCCAAACCCCCAGCUAAGAGCUAUGUAGAGCGGCUGCGAGUGGAAGAAGGGAGGAAAGGUGAAGCCAGGGAACAAGGAGACGGGUCAUUCAGUGCCCCACUGGUGGAGUCAACCUCUUUAUUCAGGCCAUCCAGAUAUGAGUCUUGCCUUCUUCCUGCUGAAAAUAAGCCUCUGGAGAUGUCUGUGCUGAAGAGAGUCAAAGAGUUGCUGGGAGAGGUUGAUGCCAGUACCGCAGCUAAACACAUCACCCUUGUGGACUGCAAGGUUGCUAGAAUAUUAGGUGUAACGACAGAAAUGCAAAGGAUGAUGGGAGUGUUCACAGGGUUGGAGUUACUGACUCUGCCACAUGGACAUCAGCUGAGACUUGACCUGCUGGAGAGAUUCUACACCAUGUCUAUAAUGAUGGCCGUGGACCUCCUUGGCUGUACAGGAAGUACAGAGGAGAGAGCGGCUCUGCUCCAUAAGACCAUCCAACUAGCAGCAGAAUUGAAAAGCAACCUGGGAAACAUGUUUGGUUUUGCUGCUGUGAUGAGAGCACUGGAGAUGCCACAGAUUUCCCGCCUGGAGCAAACAUGGGUGACUUUACGCCAGAGACAUACAGAGGGUGCUAUUCUGUAUGAGAAGAAACUGAAACCAUUCUUAAAGAACAUGAAUGAUGGCAAAGAUUCCAUUGUCAUGUCCAACACCUCCUUUCCCCACAUUCUCCCUGUCCUGUCGUUACUGGAGCGGGGCACAGCUGUCGGGGAGGUGCUCGAGCCCUGGGAAAGCUCAGAGGCCGGAGUGGACGUGGUCAUGCACCACCUAGAAACUGCACGUACCAUUGCACAUCACGGGGAGAUCUACAAAACAACUGCUGAGACCAAAUUGCUGGGAUUUCAGGAGCGAGCUGAGAUACACGAGGUCUUCCAGACGGAGUUUCAGAUGCGUCUUCUGUGGGGCAGCCGCGGCUCUGAGGGCAGCCAAUUGGAGCGCUACGAGAAGUUCGACAAAGUUCUCACAGCUUUGUCGCACAAACUGGAGCCUCCUGUGCGCCACAGUGAGCUAUAGCAUCUGCCCUGAAACUCCAGAUUGGCAAAACACCCUUGUUGCACUUACCACUUACAGUGGUGUGGUUUUGUUUUGUGUCAGAAACAGGGCUGAUGAUGUUGAUGUGGAAGAGGCAGGAGUGAUGAAUGAGGAGGCAGCUAAAAGUGCACGAAAACAUUUCUUUACUUGGAACAUGUAUUGCACUCACUGUGGAACUGAAAAAAUCAUGUGUUCUUCCCUGUGGACUAACUUGAUAAAAUAUUUAAAUCCGAGGGAUGUGUACGGUGGCUCUAAGGGCCAAACGAAGCUGCAAGAUUUGGCUUUGCUCCAGUAAAACACAAACACACAACUGCUGUCACAAACUAUAGCCGAGAUAACCAUAAUAUUUUACAUAGCUCAUGAGAUUUUGUGUCUGUAUGGGUGCAUCAGUAUGCAUACUCCUCCAUUAUUGUUUCUGUUGUUUAAUUUAUUGAUUUUGUAAAAGAAUAUCAACACACUGUCGCAAUUUCUUCAUGAUGCUCGUCAGAAUCAGAAAAGCUUUAUUGCCAAGUACGUUUUUGGACAUACAAGGAAUUUGUUUUGGCGUAGUCGGUGCAAUACAGUACUCAAAUUAGUAUAAAUAUAAAUAUAGCUACAAGGCACAUAAGAAUCUCUCAAAGCUCAUCACAAGGGAACCCUUCUAAUAAAACCUCAUUUACUCUGGAACAAGCGAUCCCAUUAAAUGUACCAGGCAUGCAUUAAUAAAUGCAGAUUUAUUGCAACAACUUGAAUGUGAGAGCUCAGUGAGGACAAAGUGACCUUUCUUCUCUUCUGGCUGGUUAAUACAUUUGAUAUUGUGGGUCAUCUAGCUAAAAGCAGCAUCAUGAAGAAGACUCAAAGUGGAAUGUAUGCAUUUUAAAUUUAGUAAAAGCAAUGUUUCACUUAGUAUGGGAACAUUUCUGAACAUGUUUCAUUUUGUAAAGCUUGCCAAAAUUGUUGAUGCAUGUGGCUGUAAAGGUUACACCAAGUCAAAUGUUGCUUUAAUAACAAUUUAAAUACACAUGUCAAGUAUAUAAAGCAUAAAAAGGAUUUUUGAUGUGAUGUUUAUGUGGACAAAUUGUAAUGACACUGGGCUGGCAGGGAAAGUACAAGUGCAUUUCAAUAACCCAUCUCUGUAAUUUAAUUCAAAAAAGUGAAGCUCAAGUACUAAUUA